AUGCUGCCCGACGAAGCCCUCCGAGCUGCCGGCGAAUUCGGGCCCUUCCAGUACCUGCUGAUCAUCUACCUGUGCGUGCUGGUGGCACCUGUUCGUGUGAUGCCGCUGUUCGCGCACGUGUUCAGCCUUCUGGUACCACCGCAUCACUGUAGACUGCCCGAACAACUCUUCAGGCGGCUGCUUGGAAACGCGUCAUACGCUCGAGAGCUGAUGUUGCAGGCAGCGCUACCUCGCGAGGACGAUGGAAGCUUCAGCCAAUGUCGCAUGUACCAUCCGAACGACACGAUAGCAUGGCUGGUGCGGCGCUCAGGAAACAAUUACUGGAAUGGGACACCCGGUGACGGCGCUGAUUCGCAGACGACGCACUGCAUCUACGGAUGGGAGUACGACUACUCCUUAAUUUACCCCACGGUCGUGUCAGAGUACGACUGGGUGUGCGAGAACAGCUGGAAAGCGUACGUGGCUGACACGACGUUCUGGAUGUGCUCUAUUGUCGGCGUUCUCAUCUGCGGACAUUUGACAGACAAAGUUGGUCGUGUUCCUGUGAUCGCCGCUGUGAACUUCCUGUGCGGAGUAGCCGGCUUGUACACCUUCUUCACGAGAGGCUUCGCGCACUUCCUCGUCAGUCGAGCAUGCCUAGGUCUUGUCAUGCUUGCCCUCAGCAUCACACCUUUCGUGCUCGUGGUGGAGUUCGUGGCCCCCGAGCGUCGUAUGAUGGUGCUGACCGGCUUUCAGCUGUCCUACCCGAUUGUCGGCGCGGCGUUUCCGUGGUUGACCGUUCUUCUCUUUCACUGGCGUACUCUGACAGUUGCCUCGGCUGCUGCACCCCUGUUGGCCAUGGUUUGUUGCCUAUUUCUACCCGAGUCUAUACGCUGGCUAAUGUCCCACGGCAAACAUGAUCGAGCCAAGAAAAUCGUUCUCAUGGUCGCCAAGGUCAAUGGUGAGGUUCUGUCCGAAGAAUUCCUGCAGAAAUGUCAGUUCUCGGAUUCGCAGCGAACGGACAAAAGCAAGCAUUCCGCGAUGGACAUGCUGAAGACCAGCAACCUUCGCAAAAACUUCAUUCUCACCCUGGCCUGCUGGACCUUGGCUUGCCUGGUCUACACGGCUGGUCAGCUAUAUGCAGCCAACGCAAGCCAAAAUCCGUUCGUGAUGACUACUGCCGUGAAUCUGGUGGAUGUUGUAUCAACGGUGACAGCACUUCCUUUGGCUGAUCGCUGGGGCCGCAGGCCUACGAUGAUGACCACCUGUAUUGGUGCCGCGUUGGCUUACUUCUGCGCAGUGGCAGUACCUUGGGACGCCGUCCUUUGCGCCACUGCGAUGUCCUUGUUGGCCAGACUAGCGCUGACCAUGGCGUACGACGUGGCGUAUCUGCACGCAGCUGAGGUUUAUCCGACCGUGGUCCGGUCGCAGGCCAUGGCCAUCAGGCAGGCAUUCGGCUCAGUCGGGAGGUUACUCAGCUCGCAGGUCACGCAUCUGACGUAUUUUGGGCGGUCCGUACCACUCGUGGUUAUGGGAACGAUGUCCUUCCUGCUGGCUAUGCUGACCUUCCCGCUACCGGAAACCCUGAACCAGGAACUUCCGGAAGAACUCGAAGAUGGAGAGAAUCUCGUCCACGGGCAGAACACCUGCGGCUUUUCGGCAUCGGCGAAGCCCAUAGCUGCGCCGGCAUCUCCACGUCCUCGAAGUCGAACGCACUCUGUUCUUUAG